AUGGAUUGGGUCUUAUCACUGACCCAAGUGUUGGGCGGCUGCUGCUCUAAUGUUUUCCUGUUUGAAAAGCUUCUUAACGAUGCUAAAGAAUUUCCGGAUUCUCCCGAUAUAGGCUCAUUGGUUACUUUUUGCCAAUUUGUUCUGGUAGCGUUGGUUUCAGCAUAUCCACUUAUUGACUCCCAACACUCAUCAUGGAGGCGUCUAUAUCUCCGACAGACUCACAUUCCUAUAGCCAAACUAACUUGGAUGGUUUCUUUGUUCUUUGUGGUUUCGGUGCUCAAUAAUUCAGUAUGGAGAUUUGGUCUUAGUGUUCCAAUUCAUAUUAUGUUUAGAUCCAGCAGCACGGUGAUCACCAUGACAGUAGGUUACUUUUUUGGAGGAAAGCACUAUAGUCGGAUCCAAGUACUUUCUUCGAUUUUGGUCAGUGUGGGUGCAAUAUUGGCUAUUUCCCUGCGAAAUACGGACCGUCUUGAAUGGCUGAUUGAUAACGUGGACUGGCGAUUUGCUUUUGGAAUCCUUGUUCUCUCCACUGCCUCAGUACUAGGAGCAUUUUUGGGUAUCUACACAGAGAACAUCUACGCCAGAUACGGCAACCAUUGGCAAGAAAUGCUAUUUUACACACAUCUUCUAGGGAUUCCGCUUUUUGGUAUUCUCGGAAGCUCCAUAUUCCACGAUAUAAAGACCUUAUGGUCCGCAGGAUCCAGGAUAGUGCUUUCCAAAAACUUCUCGUUGACAAUUCUGGAGCUGAUGGCAUAUCUCUUACUUAAUUGUGUAUCUCAGGUGAUAUGUGCUCGAGGAGUCAAUUAUCUCUGUGGAAUUGCCUCCUCACUCACUGUCACCAUAGUGUUGUUGGGGAGAAAGUUCGUGAGUCUUGCCCUUAGUGCCUACGUCUUUGGGAAUCACUUCAAUAAGCAAGGUUACUUGGGUGCUGGAAUUUUGGUGGUGGGUACAGUUCUAUAUAGUAUAGCCACUCUCCAGCGUAAGCCCAAAGUCGACUAG